AUGCCUGGACACCCCUUUGAGGAGAUGGGACCCCCGGCUCGCAGGCCUGCCUCCCACGUACACCGGCAACUCCAACGGCCCCUUCAACGUGAAAAUCCACCAACUCGCGUCCAAAAGCGCCCGAAAGAAACACCCUACUUCGCCGUAUUCGAACCCUUCGAGAUAAUCUACUGCCAGUCCUGCAAGGAACUGGUCCCCACCAGCUCCAUCGCCAUCGGCAUCCACCUCCAGGGUCCCUGCUACGGCAUGCCCCCCGGGCCGAAACUCGACAAGGCCGCCCUGCAGGCCCGCGCGCUCCUCGCCGCGGCCGAGGACGACAGGAACAUGAUCCGGCGGAGGGGCGAGCUGUACGCGCGGGCGGCGCGGGCGGACAUGAUCCUGCCCGAGGUGGCCUGGCUGCGGCCGCCGGCCAGCGGGUACUUUUGCCUGCUGUGCGGGCAGCCGAGGCGGAACCGGGCGGUGCUGAGGGAGCACAUGAGGAGGGUGCACGACGGGGAGAAGGACAUGUGGGGGACGACGCUGGUGCAGACGCUUAGGAGUGCCGGGGUGGACUUUCUGACGUUUCGGGUGAGGCGGGUGCGAGGAAGGGGUGGUGGGUGA